UUUUUUCGAAUCCGAUACUGUAAAAAUAUAUAUUUAAAAAAUAAAUUCCCAUAUUCAAUUUCCUUGUGGACAUUUUCUGCAUUUGAUUUUUACAAGAAGGAAUAGGAGGUUACACAAGGAAGGAAUUUUGUGUGAUAUGAACUAAAAUGAACAAUAAGAAUGUCACUAGUAUUGGUAGUAUUCCUGGGGGAAACUUGAUUCCUGGAAUUCAAAUUGUGGUACAAGGCGUUGCUCCAGCCCAUUCAGACAAGUUUUCAAUCAAUUUGUCAAGUAAAAUUAGUGACAGUCGACGUGACAUAGCUCUGCACUUUAAUCCAAGGUUUAAUCAACGUUGUGUUGUUCGAAAUUCGCAGAAAAACAAUGCAUGGGCUGAAGAGGAAACAAAUAAUGGAAUGCCGUUUAGAAAAGAGGUUCCCUUUGAAAUCGUUAUAGUAACUGAUUUAUAUUGUUAUAACAUUUCAGUUAACAAACGACACUUCUGCAAAUUCAAACACAGACAACCCCUGGCAGGCGUUAAUACCUAUUGGGUUGAAGGAAUUGUGAAGAUAACGUCGAUCAAAUUUCUGGAAAUACAAACGCCUAGUUGUAGUGCACACCCAGCAGUUUCUAACCACCAUGUCGCACAGCCAGCAAGACCAAUUUUAAAUCCACCUGGUUGUAGUGCACAACCAGCAGUUAUGACUCACCAUGCUACACAGCCAACAAAGCCAAUAUUUAAUCCAGCUGUACCAUUAACAACAGGAAUACCAGGUGGAUUAUAUCAUGGUAAAAUGAUUUUCAUAUCUGGAGUUCCAGCAGGUACAAACAGAUUUACCUUUUAUCUACAAGAAGGAUCUUUACAUAAUGCAGAUGUGGGGAUGGUGUUCGAUGUCAGGUUUAAUUUUGGUUCGUGCGUAGAAGCGGUGAUUCGUAAUCACAGAUCGCGUGGUACUUGGGGACAAGAAGAACAUACUAUUCCAUACUUCCCGUUUGUAAGAAAUGUUCCAUUUGAGAUUAUUAUCCUUUCUGAAAGUACUGGCUUCAAGGUAGCAGUGAACAAUCAACAUUUUCUAGAGUUCCGACAUCGACUUAUGCCACUUGCCAGAUUCAAUAUGCUACAUAUAACUGGGGAUGUUAUCGUUAAAGAAGUCAGAUUCCAAUGAACACUUCAUAAAGAACUUCAGCUGCCAUUUUUUAGGAAAUAAUUUAUGUUUAUGUUUUAUAUUAAAGAAUCCCUAUUUGUUGCGCAAUAUUGAA